GCCUCACCCUCGUGUUAUCAAUUGUGUUGGUUUGGAGUACUGUGUCUAGCUAGUGUUAGAGGGGACAAUGGCUAGCAAUGACAGUGGUAGCAAUACAUUGACACUGAGGCUUCUCCUAGUUCGUCAUGGAGAAACAGUGUCCAAUAAAGAAAGAUUGGUGGCCGGACAAGCUGAAUCAGCCCUGACAAAACAAGGAGAACGACAAGCAGUGGCAUUGGGCAAGAGUGGACGACUCUUAUUGGGUCAAUAUUGGAGGAUUUAUGCGUCGGAUCUACAAAGGGCCCAAGAUACCACCAGAUUGAUUUUACAAGGAUACAACCCCAUACCAAAAGAUAACGAAUCCUCCUGUCCUGACGUCCGUUUGGAUGCCCGGUUGCGAGAAUUAUCCAAAGGAGCUCGCCAAGGAUACCACAAAUCCUUCAACCAGGAACAAGCCUUAGAAGCCAGAAGGCUUGAGGCCAAAAACCGCGGCGAAGCAUUCCUGCCCGAACUUGUUCCUGCAUUGGAAUCAGAACGAAGUGUUUACGCUCGGUUCCUAAAAUGGCUCUUGGAGGUGGCUGGAGAGGCGGUCCUAGAACGAAAACCCUCCUCGAACCACCAUGUGUUGCCAACCUUGGUGGUCUCUCAUUCGGCUUUUUUACGGGCCAUUCUGACACAUAUGUUCACCAAGCAAGAAUUGAUACAAAAGGGGGCCAACUAUGAUGCCAAGAAUUCCACAAGAUUGUUGAUACCCAACACUUCCGUCACCACUCUCGAUAUACUCAUUCAUUGGAAGAGUAGCUUUUGGAAACAACCGACAUCACAAGUGGAACAGCAACAACAAUCAGCAACACAAGACAGAGGAAAGUCCACUGGAUCCAUUUGGCAUUCCAAAUUGCAAGAAUUGACGUGGACAGGUCACUAUGAACUCGUGUGA